AUGAUGGAGCAGGGCGUCGUUCGCCGCAGCACUUCGGCGUUCUCGUCGCCGGUCCUCCUCGUCAAGAAGGCCGACGGGACGUGGCGCUUUUGCGUGGACUAUCGCGCCCUCAACGCCCUCACCAUUAAGGACGCGUUCCCCAUUCCGGUGGUGGACGAACUGCUCGACGAGCUGCACGGCGCGCGGUUCUUCAGCAAGUUGGACCUGCGAUCGGGCUAUCACCAAGUCCGCAUGCGGGCGGAAGACAUACACAAGACGGCGUUCCACACUCACGAUGGGCUCUACGAGUUCCUUGUGAUGCCGUUCGGGCUGUGCAACGCCCCGGCGACAUUUCAGGCGCGCUACUACCGGAAGUUCGUCGCCAACUACGGGGCCGUCGCCGCGCCUCUGACAGCCCUCCUCAAAAAGGAUGGCUUCUCGUGGACUGACACCGCGGCCUCCGCCUUCGCCGAUCUCAAGGCCGCGGUCACGUCCGCCCCUGUGUUGGCUAUGCCCGACUUCGACAAGGGCUUCGUCGUCGAGUGUGAUGCCUCGACGCAUGGGUUUGGCGCCGUUCUCAUCCAGGAGGGCCACCCGCUCGCCUACUUCAGCAGACCCGUCACCCCCCGACACCGCUCUCUCGCUGCCUAUGAGAGGGAACUGAUCGGCCUCGUCCACGCCGUUCGUCAUUGGAGGCCCUAUUUGUGGGGACGCCGUUUCGUCGUCAAGACUGAUCAUUAUAGCCUCAAGUACCUGCUGGACCAGCGGCUCUCGACGAUUCCACAACACCAUUGGGUGGGAAAGCUGUUGGGCUUUGACUUCACGGUGGAAUACAAGCCUGGCGCGGCGAACACGGUGGUUGACGCGCUCUCACGCCGCGACACGGACACGGGGGCCGUACUGGCAAUCUCGGCGCCACGGUUUGAUUUCGUCGAGCGUCUCCGUCAAGCUCAAGCUGCUGACCCGACCUUAGUGGCCAUUCAUGAUGAAAUUCGCGCAGGUACUCGUGGCGAGCCGUGGAAGGUCGUGGAUGGCGUACUCCAGUUCCGUGGCCGCCUCUACCUUCCACCUGCGUCCCCGUUCGUCCAGGAGAUCAUAGCGGCUAUUCACGACGACGGGCAUGAGGGAGUGCAGCGCACGCUUCAUCGUCUUCGCCGCGACGUCCACUUUCCCGACAUGCGCCGCCUCGUGCAGGAUUUCGUGCGCGCGUGCGAUACGUGCCAACGCUACAAGUCCGAGCAUCUCCAUCCGGCCGGACUGCUGCUGCCCCUGCCGGUGCCGCAAGGUGUUUGGACUGACAUUGGUCUGGACUUCGUGGAGGCCUUGCCGCGUGUCCGUGGGAAGUCCGUGAUCCUCACUGUGGUGGACAGGUUCAGCAAAUAUUGCCACUUCAUUCCCAUGGCCCACCCCUACACCACCGAAUCCAUCGCACAAGCUUUCUUCACCGACAUCGUCAGGCUGCACGGCGUACCGCAGUCCAUGGUGUCCGACCGCGACCCAAUAUUCACCUCCACGUUCUGGAAGGAACUCAUGCGGCUCAUGGGUACUAAGUUACAUAUGACGACCGCUUUCCACCCUCAGGCCGACGGGCAGACAGAGGCGGCCAACCGCGUCAUCGUCAUGUAUCUUCGCUGCUUCACCGGCGAUCGUCCUCGACAGUGGGUCCGCUGGCUCCCUUGGGCGGAGUACGUUUACAACACCGCCUACCAAACAUCGUUGCGGGACACGCCUUUCAGGGUGGUCUAUGGUCGUGAUCCGCCCACCAUCCGGUCCUAUGAGCCAGGCGAGACUCGUGUGCCUGCUGUCGCCCGCACCAUGGCGGAACGUGAGGAAUUCUUGGCAGAUGUCCACUACCGCCUGGAGCAAGCACAGGCCCUCCAGAAAAAAUACUACGACAAGGAUCAUCGUCCAGUUUCAUAUGUUGUGGGCGACUUUGUGCUCCUUCGCCUUCGUCAUCGCGCUCCAGCUUCGCUGCCUCAGGUCACCAAGGGCAAGUUGAAGCCCCGCUUUUUCGGGCCGUAUCGUGUCGUCGAGCUGAUCAACCCCGUCGCCGUCCGUCUCGAGUUGCCUCCACGCGCCAAGCUUCAUGAUGUGUUCCACGUCAGUCUUCUCAAGAAGUAUGUUGGACAUACUCCGGCUGCACCACCCGUCCUGCCGGCCAUCCAUCACGGCGCGGUCGAGCCCGAGCCCGAGCGUGUGAUGCGCGCGCGCCUGGCCCGGGGAGUUCAGCAGGUGCUCGUUCAUUGGAAGGGGGAGACUGCAGCUUCAGCUACUUGGGAGGAUCUUGACACUUUCCGCGAGCGCUAUCCAGCGUUCCAGCUCGAGGACGAGCUGGCCCUCGAGGGGGGGAGAGAUGUCAUGUGGGGACGCACCUACAUUAGGAGGAAGCGGGCCCGCGACGUACGCCGAGCCGCCGAACGCGCAGAUCGCGCGGUGAUCGCGGCCAGGAGCGAGGCUGGCUCAAACGACGCUCGUGGCUAG